GGAAAAGAGAAAAGAAAAAAAAAAAAAAAAAAACCAAACACACAGAAGAUUUUCAGAGAAGAAAAAAAAAAAAAGAAAAGGAAAGAGUAGGGAGAUCAUCAUAAUGGGUAAUAGCUUAAGGUGUUGUUUGGCUUGUGUUCUUCCCUGUGGAGCUCUAGAUUUGAUCCGCAUAGUUCACUUAAACGGCCACGUAGAGGAGAUAACAGGUCCCGUCACCGCCGCUGAGAUCCUCAAGGCUAACCCUAACCAUGUCUUGAGCAAGCCGAGCUCUCAAGGUGUUGUCCGGAAGAUCAUGAUCCUCUCGCCGGAUUCCGAGCUCAAACGCGGCAGCAUCUACUUCUUGAUCCCCUCCUCUUCCGUCCCUGAGAAGCGGAAACCCGGUGCAAAUCACCGUAACUUCAAAAAACCCUCCAGAAAAAUUAACAGAGAGGAUCUUAACAAGAGUAAAUCAUACUUGGAAGAAGAUAUCACGUCGGGAAAACGGAAAGAUCACCACCAACGGCGUCAUCACCAUCAUCAGCGCCGACACAGCGGCCGUGUCGGAGAAUGGCAGCCUCGUCUAGAAAGCAUCACCGAAGAUUAGUCGUCUUCAAGGGAUUUUUUUUUCCGGCGGGCGUGCCGGAUUUCUGAAAUCUUCGAUUCGGAAUUUCGAGAAUUCUUGAGGCGAUGAAUGAUGUCGAAGAUGAAGAUGAAGAGAAAGAAAUGGAAAAAGGGAUUAUGUAUUUUUACACCCUGCAAUUUGUAAUUAACUAUAAACUGUUUCUUCUUUCUCUUCUAAUUAA